AUGGACAGCCUUGCCUGUCAUAUCAUUUAUGUCAACCGCAGCGUUGGGGAGGCCCGGCUGCUGCGCGCCUUAUCCGACGAUCUCGCGGCCUCGCCGACCGACGGUUCCCCCGAUUGGCAGCACGAUCGCGUUCGAGAACUCGUCCAGCCUCUCCUAGACGCUUUUGGCGAUGUUCACGUCUGUUCCACCGGCGCCGCCUGCAUGGCCAAGCUUAUGCAACUCCACGAAGCCGGUUCCAUGAUCGAUAUGACACCCGCCAUUGUUCUUCUAGACACACCCCACGACGAAUGGAUACCCGAAUCAUACUCCUUACAAAACGCCUCCUCCUCCGACCCCAACCUGGUAAACCGCGACGCCGAGAUUCACACGCCUGACGAGAACUUGUACGGCUUGGCACUGCUUCAGAGGCUCAUCACUGAAGCCCACCUGCGAAGCAUCUCCAAGCUUGUCGUCCCCAUUCCCGUCAUCAGCUACCCAGAGUCCCGCGAACAAAUGACCGACGGCACAGCCGAGCUCUUGUCAACCGCUGCCGGCACUCUGGCCGCCAGCCGCAAGCUCAUGAGGAGAUGCUUGGACCUUGGUGCGGUCGACGUGAUUGUCGCCCCCCUGGGCCCCAAGUGUAUCGCAACGCUGGAAAUAUGCGCUUAUAAGGCCCAUAGGGAUGCUGCUAGGGACCAGCAGGCCAUGAUGGAGAUCACAAAGGGGCGGAAGCGCUCCUGGGUCGGCAUCAAUGACCAGAAGCCCUAUGCCUAUCUGCGAGAGGCAAUGGUCUCUGGACUGAUGAAGGGAAUCUGCCGCCUUUCCUCUGAAGACGACCAUAUCGCCGGUGCGCAUAUUGCCGUUUCUUCCGAACGCCAGGCUGUCAUCACCGAGGCCGUAGGCCGCUGGCAUUUCGAUGCCCAUGAGUUUUCCGACGAUGAGCUGCUGGUCGCAGCUCUGCAGAUGUUCCGACACGCAUUGACCUCACCGGAACUUGAGAAGUGGCGGAUACCAGCAGACCAACUCAUUAGCUUCCUUGUCGCAUGCCGGGCUGCAUAUAAUAGCUUUGUUCCCUAUCAUAAUUUCCGUCACGUGGUGGACGUUCUUCAGGCGACAUUCAAUUUCCUCGUCCAUAUUGGCUCGUUCCCUCCUUAUCCGACUUGGUCUCAACCAUUGCCGAAAGUGAUCAGGUCGCCAAUCGCGGCACUGGUCAGCCCCUACGAAGCAUUGACUCUUCUCAUCACUGCUAUUGGCCACGACGUCGGCCACCCUGGAGUCAACAACGGCUUUCUAACAACAUUGAAUGCUCCGCUAGCCCAGCUCUACAAUGACCGAUCCGUCCUGGAAUCUUUCCACUGUGCUGCGUAUUCGCAGAUUCUUCGCAGAUAUUGGCCCGCGGUGUUCGAAGACAGAAAGAUGCGUGGCCUGAUGAUCAGUUCCAUAUUGGCGACAGACAUGGGCGUUCAUUUUGACUACAUGAAAAAGCUGGGCACUCUCAAGGAGAAGUUGGAGGCUGAUAGAAAUUUUGACAAGUGGAACGGCCGCCAACUUGAAGAGACCAAGGUUCUCGCGUGUGCGCUACUUAUCAAGUGCGCAGACAUUAGCAACGUGGCACGUCGUCACUCGACCGCGCUGAAAUGGAUGCAUAUGCUCUCAGAGGAGUUUUCCCGGCAAGCUUCGAUGGAAGAUGAGCUCGAAAUCAGGUCAUCCCUAAUGGCAGCACCGAAGAAGGACAUUCUUUCCCUCUCCAACGCCCAGCUCGGAUUCAUGAAUAUGUUUGCUAUACCGCUGUUUCAGGGUGUGGCUGAGAUAAUGCCAGGCAUGGAAUACACCGUAGGCGAGCUCCAUGCUAACAUAAAACUCUUCGAAAUCAAAGUGCAAGAAGAACAGGCAAAAGAAUCACAAGUGAGGACCAGGACUAGGAGCUCCACUGUUGAAAACGACAACGAGAUUAAGAAUAUCGAGAUUUCGCCCGCACCGAGCCCUUCUACGGCUAAAUCUGGUCACGAUCCUCAUACCCCGAUUGAACAUCAUGAUGUCAACGGGGUGACUUUUGGCCCCCCUUCCUCCUUUGACGCCAUUCGAGACGAUCCAUUCUCUUGCCACCGACCCGACGAGCCAAUAGAAAGUAGAAUGGUGUCUCCGAAACACCGGACAAGCGAUACUCCCGAGGGUAGCUUAUCCACCGGGUACCAUGCCGAUUGGACCUCACAGGCCGCGAGCACGGCUACCGGCAAAAUGACGCUAUCACCAAGCACGCAGGGUACCAGCAUAGUUAGCAACGAAGCCGGAGACCGCAACCUGGGCAUUCCUGCGUAUAACAUGUCGCCGCUUAGCCUUAAGGGAUCUCCGGCAUCGCCACACCGGGACCGCGAUCAGGAACGCGAUCGGGAUACCUCGCAAGCGGACGAAGACUCGCCCUUCGGAGGCAGUAUCGGUAGAGCUGAAGGCAAGGCGCUUAAGAAGAGACCAAGUAGGUUUAGGAUGAAGGACUUUCCCUUCUUUAAGAGGAGCAAAGGAUCGAGCCCCCCCUUUCCCACCGCAGACACAUCAGGAUGA